AUGUCUGGACCUCAAGACGCGCAACUUUUCGACGAGCACUUCACCGUCAACGAAUUAGACCAUAAGAAAUAUGUACGAGUAGGACGUAUCAAGGCGACCUCCACGGUCGAUCACUCGGUCUCCAUGCUUUUGGAUAUCAAUACCGAGCUAUUCCCAUUAGCCGUCGGUGACAACAUUCGCGUUGUGCUUGCGACAUCUCUUAAUUUGGAUGGCACAAAGGAUGAUGGAAAGGGAUGGAGAGAUGCUAAUCGCAUGGGAUUGGGGGGUGAGGCUACGCUUGCGGAUAUGUUUGAUUAUGUUUGUCAUGGGAAGAUUUAUAAGUUUGAGGAUCAGGAGAACAGUGAUCUUAUUAAGGCAUACAUCUCCUUCGGUGGAUUGUUAAUGGGUUUGGAGGGUCCUUAUAAGAAGCUUACACCUCUAAGAGUCGACUAUGUCUACCUCCUCAUCAAGAAAUAG